AUGGCCGCGAUGUUCGCAGCGUCUGCUAGCUUAAAGAAAGCAGUUGCUUUAAUUAAUGAACUGGACAUCAACAGAUUCCCUUUACUCUUGUCAAAGAUCUUACAGAAGCUACAUGUCCAGGAGGAACGUACAUUUUCUGAGGAAGAGGAAGAAAAACUACAAAGUGCAUUUAGUAUGUCUUCCAGUGACCUAGAGCUUGUCCUGCAGACUUUGGAGUUUAUACUUCAGCAGGCUGCUUAUCAUACAGCAAAACCAGCUGUGCUAGGGGAUCAGUUGAGGCAGUUGGACCUUCACGAGGACAAGGUGAACAAAAUAGUUGAAGCUUGGACUGCUGGGGCCCGAGACCUGGUUCAGAAACUAAGGGAACGAACAGUUCAUCCUAAUCAGCUCGAGGACGUCCAGUGGAGACUAAACCUACAAGUAGCACAGUCAACACAGACCAAAAUGAAACUGACCAAUGCAUUCUUUCAGUUCGGAGUCAGAAAUGAAGACACGAAAAAAAAAGAAAACAUCAGACUGGAGUUUACUCAUGAGGAGCUGUACAAGUUCUACAACCAGUUGGAGACUAUACAAAAACAACUGGAUAGCUUGAGCUGA